CGCAGCUCUCAGGAGGCAGGCGCUGUGGGGAGGAGGCUGGCGGGGCGCGCUGGGAUAUUGCAGCAUCUCUCCCUCCAGGUGCCCUAGCCCCCCCUCAGUGAAGGAAUCCGCGCGGAUGCUGAACACUGGGUUAAGUUAUCACCCAGAGAUGGUGUGAGGGACUCAGGCUGCUCAACCUGCUGCUGCUGCUGCUGUUACUUCUUGCUUUUUAUUGCCAAACAAAUCAGGCGCUCCCUGCCACUUUGUGUGUAGUGGACAUCAUCUACAAAGCCUGCUGAAUAGUGUAUUGGAGGCCCACCACUUUGGUGGGAGAGUGACAAGCCCCAAGAUUAAAAUAAACUAUUCUGAAAACAUUGAUUUUUCUACCUGACUCAGAAUAAUGGAUAUAAAAGACCGACGACAUCGCUCUCUAACAAGAGGCCGGUGCGGGAAAGAAUGCCGCUACACAAGUUCUUCACUGGACAGUGAGGACUGCCGAGUACCAACUCAGAAGUCCUAUAGCUCAAGUGAAACACUGAAGGCCUAUGAUCAUGAUACCAGAAUGCACUAUGGAAAUAGAGUUUCAGACCUAGUUCAUAGAGAGUCAGAUGAGUUUCCCAGACAAGGAACUAACUUCACCCUUGCAGAACUAGGAAUCUGUGAGCCCUCUCCCCAUCGAAGUGGCUACUGCUCAGAUAUAGGAAUACUUCAUCAAGGCUAUUCCUUGAGCACCGGGUCUGAUGCUGACUCUGAUACAGAGGGAGGAAUGUCUCCAGAACAUGCUAUAAGGCUGUGGGGGAGAGGGAUAAAGUCCAGGCGCAGUUCUGGUCUGUCAAGUCGUGAAAACUCAGCCCUUACGCUGACUGAUUCCGACAAUGAAAAUAAGUCAGAUGAAGAAAACGAUUUUCAUACACACCUUUCUGAGACAUUGAAAGAGAGACAGACAGGCUGGCAUCUGCUGGCUGAGACAAAGAACUCUCUAAUACGUCGUCCCAUUCCACCUACAUCCUCGUCUAGCCUUCUCCCAUCUGCUCAGCUGCCCAGUUCCCAUAAUCCUCCACCGGUAGGCUGCCAGAUGCCAUUGCUAGACAGCAAUACCUCCCAUCAGAUCAUGGAUACCAACCCUGAUGAGGAAUUCUCUCCCAAUUCAUAUCUUCUAAGAGCAUGUUCAGGGCCACAACAGGCUUCCAGCAGCGAACAAAAAUAUUGAGAAAAGGAAUUUCUCUUGCAAAACUAAAGUGCAUAUUUUGGAGUGGAAGAUGCAGGUCUGAAAUAGAUACUUAUGAAAAUGUAAUAAAUAUAAAAACUAUGAAAUAAGAAAAUAUGAUUUAAAUAUCAGAAAUUCAGUGUAAGUGCAGGUGUAUGUAAAAGCUACAUUUUAAGUCAUCAAAGAAAGUUGAAUGCCCAGUAGACAAUAUUUAAAAGUAAUAUUUAUUAUUUGCAUUUAGAUUUUUUAGUUUGCUCUAUCCAUUUUCCUGGGUAUGUACACAAUUAAUUCAGAUCACAAAAAGUCAAUUUAACUUCUCAGUAGAUUUGAACCAGCUGACUUAAAGGAGAAAAGCUCUAUAUUCUAUUAGAAAUCUUGAGAGCCAUCUACAGAGUCACAAACAUGUAAGAUGUAUUCCCUUAUCCACAUUUCCAACCACACACCAUUUUUCUUUUAGUUUUUUCUUUACUGUUAAGAAGAAACAGCUUGGAAUAUUUCACUCUCUUCAUUCUUGAAUUUCUCUGGGAUCAUUCCAAAGAAAUAAAUGCAUUAGAGAAUUUUGUUCCAUAUUCCUGCUUUUUUGGAAACAAUUUCCAUCAAUUCCCCAUUGUCACAGAGCAAGUGCUAGUACUUUACAUUCCUCUCACAUUUUCUAUGUUCGGAUUGCUAAUUGAUGAGAC